AAAAAAAGUUAAAACCUCAAAAAGGCAAAAAGCUAACAUUUUUAAUAAUCUCACAGUGUCACUCUUCCCACCUAAGCUUAUUCGCUUUUUAUUUAUUUUGUGUCUACUAACCAUCUUUGUCUCAUCUUUCCACUUCAACCAAAGCUCCACAUUCAAGCAAUCCUCCACAAACCCUAACUCGAUUCGAUCUCAACCCCAAUCUCCAUGGAUCCGGUAUCUCAGUAAAGGAGCUUCCAAAUCCGACUUUAACCGGAACCGGAACCGGAAAAUGCCGAGCGUUGGAGUGAAGCUCUACAGUGUAUUCUUCAAGUUCCUUUUAAAACACCGUUUACAAAACCGGAUCCAAUCCGAAGAUUCCUCCUCCUCCUCAUCCUCGGAUCCUUUCGGAGUCACGACCCGACCCGAAGAAUCAGUCUCCCCUCCGAAUCCCUUAUUCACCGACGGCGUCGCCACCAAAGACAUCCACAUCGAUCCCUUAACCUCCCUCUCCGUCCGCAUCUUCCUCCCCGAAUCCGCCCUCUCCCCCGCCUCCGGUAGCCACUCCGGUAAGUCUCGAAGCUUCAACAGCCUCGCCGGAUCGGAUCUUCUCCUCAGAAGAAACAGCCACGGCUCGUCUAACUCGUUAUCCUCUCACAAGUCGGAAGCUAGAAGAAGCAGUUACGCUCACACAACCACCGCCUCCGCUUCCUCAUCGUCCGAGGAGGUGUACAGAGGGUACGCACCGUCAUCGUCCGGGAAAUGCAGGAAGCUUCCGGUGAUGCUGCAGUUCCACGGCGGCGGGUGGGUGAGUGGGAGCAACGACUCGGUGGCGAAUGAUUUCUUCUGUAGGAGGAUGGCGAAGCAUUGUGAUGUUAUUGUUUUGGCGGUUGGGUAUAGGCUCGCCCCUGAGAACAGGUACCCCGCGGCGUGUGAGGACGGGUUCAAGGUGUUGCAGUGGCUGGGGAAGCAGGCGAAUCUCGCGGAGUGUAAUAAGUCGAUGGGUGGUGGUUUGAGGAGAGGUGGUGGAGGAGGAGAGGUGAGUAAGCAUGUGGUUGAUGCUUUUGGUGCUUCUUUGGUGGAGCCUUGGCUCGCUUCUCAUGCUGAUCCUUCGAGAUGUGUGCUGCUUGGUGUGAGCUGCGGUGCCAACAUAGCAGACUACGUAUCCCGAAAAGCCAUCGAAGCUGGUCAAAAUCUAGACCCAGUCAAGGUCGUGGCUCAAGUCUUAAUGUACCCGUUCUUCAUCGGCACCGUUCCCACGCAAUCCGAGAUCAAACAAGCAAACUCCUACUUCUACGACAAACCCAUGUGCAUUCUCGCUUGGAAGCUUUUCUUACCAGAAGAAGAGUUCAGUCUGGACCACCCGGCAGCGAACCCGCUCGUUCCGGACCGGGGCCCACCGCUCAAAUUCAUGCCACCGACGCUAACCAUCGUCGCGGAGCAUGACUGGAUGAGAGACAGAGCCAUCGCUUACUCAGAAGAGCUGAGAAAAGUCAACGUGGAUGCUCCUGUGCUGGAGUACAAAGACGCCGUUCACGAGUUUGCAACGCUAGACAUGCUUCUCAGGACUCCACAGGCUCAGGCUUGUGCAGAAGAUAUUGCCAUCUGGGUUAAGAAGUACAUCUCUCUACGUGGUCACGAGUUCUCAUACUAGGAUUCGUCCGGAAAACUCCAGGAAGCAAAAUGAAAAUGGUGGACCGAAAACUAAACCGGUUUUGUUGUUUCACACAGUUUUAACUUGGAAGGCAAGCGAGGUUGUGGGGUUCUUCUUCAGUGUGAGUAGAAUUAGUUUAGAGAAGUGUCGAUGAGGUCGAGUGAAGACUCUCAAAGCUUUUGUUGUCACAGGGUAUUUCCUGUAUAUUAAAAACUAUAUAUUAUACGUUCUCUUGACCAAA